GGAAACCGUCCAAUAGAAGCUCUCUUCUCGCCCAGACGCCCCUGAGGCAAUUGUCUACGUGCAAAAACUGAAGGGUCUGGGGCGCACGAAGGCGAGAAGAAAUGAGGUGGACGUGACACAAUGACAUGAUGAAGAGCCUGGUGGGGAUCAUGUGGAUAGUGUUGGUGCUCAUAUCAGGAUGCUCGGGAAAUCCAGACGCGAAGCGAUUAUACGACGAUCUCUUGUCGAAUUACAACAAGCUGGUUCGUCCAGUGGUCAACGUCACAGACGCCCUCACCGUUAAAAUAAAGCUCAAGCUUUCGCAGCUCAUCGAUGUGAAUUUGAAGAAUCAGAUCAUGACGACGAACCUCUGGGUCGAACAGUCAUGGUACGAUUACAAGCUGAAAUGGGAUCCGAAGGAGUACGGUGGAGUAGAGAUGCUGCAUGUGCCGUCAGAUCACAUAUGGAGGCCCGAUAUAGUUUUAUAUAACAACGCCGACGGUAACUUUGAGGUGACGCUGGCGACGAAGGCGACCCUCAACUACACGGGCAGGGUCGAAUGGAAGCCGCCGGCGAUUUAUAAGUCUUCCUGCGAGAUCGACGUCGAAUAUUUUCCCUUCGACGAGCAGACGUGCGUGAUGAAAUUCGGCUCGUGGACUUACGACGGCUUCCAGGUCGAUCUUCGACACAUCGACGAGGUCCGAGGCAGCAAUGUCGUCGACAUUGGCGUCGAUCUGUCGGAGUUUUAUACUUCCGUCGAGUGGGAUAUACUAGAAGUCCCUGCUGUAAGAAAUGAAAAGUUUUACACAUGUUGUGACGAGCCUUACCUCGACAUCACUUUCAACAUCACCAUGAGACGGAAGACUCUAUUCUACACCGUUAACCUCAUAAUACCCUGCAUGGGAAUAUCAUUUCUCACGGUGUUGGUGUUUUACUUGCCAAGCGACAGUGGAGAGAAGGUCAGCUUGUCCAUCUCAAUUCUGUUGUCACUGACUGUGUUCUUCCUCUUGCUGGCCGAGAUCAUCCCGCCUACAUCUCUCGUGGUACCACUUCUUGGUAAAUUCGUCCUGUUCACUAUGAUCCUCGACACUUUCAGCAUAUGCGUAACAGUGGUGGUCCUGAAUGUGCACUUCCGUUCGCCGCAAACCCACGUAAUGUCACCGUGGGUCCGACGCGUGUUCAUCCACGUGCUGCCGAGACUGCUGGUAAUGCGCAGGCCGCAGUACCAGCUAGAGAAGCGUGCCAUGGGCGGGCAUCAUGGACAUCGCGUGAUGGUCAGAACAUGCAAUGGUCUCGAAUUGCGAGAUCCAUCACCGUUCGUUGAGUCCUCGGCCUCGGAGCUGGUCGAGUCCUCUGUGCUGUUUCCUAGUGUCGACUCACGGGAUGAGCUGCAUCCUCGGGAGUUGGAAGCAGUAAAUUUAGGAAGCACGUGCCGUAUCCACGGUUCGCCAGCGGCAACGGCCGCGCCGCCGCCGCAACUUCCAACACAGGAGAGCGUCGACGCUCUCUGUAACACGCUCCACCAUUGGCAUCACUGCCCAGAACUAUACAAGGCCAUAGAAGGUAUUCGCUUCAUCGCCGAUCAUACAAAGAGAGAAGAGGAUUCUACUAGAGUCAAGGAGGAUUGGAAAUAUGUCGCAAUGGUGCUCGACAGAUUAUUCCUUUGGAUCUUUACAUUAGCCGUAGUCGUCGGCACAGCCGGGAUCAUACUACAGGCGCCGACCUUGUACGACGAUCGCAUCCCCAUUGAUGUACGGCUCUCCGAAAUCGCCUCCACCACUGCCAAGCCACACAUCGUCACGAGCCUCUGAGGGACAAUUACUAAUUGCAUUAAUGCCGCGCGCGUAAAACACGUAUACAAAACACACACAACAACCUAUUACUACUAUUACUACAUCGACACAGGCGACAAGCGAAACGUAUUGACGUCCGAAAGACUGAAGCCUCGCUAGGUCUUCGACUUUUGCAUGAAUGCAUGUCGUUCGACUUUACACAUUUGCGCCGCUACCGAACGGAGAAUUCUUAUUAUAUUAUCAACUCAUUAACUG